UUCCAAACAAAAAGAGUGUGUUGCUUCAGCUAAUAUUAACGUUAGCAGCUGCAUAUUUUGGUGAAACUGUUGUAAUUUGAACUGUAGCCGUGCAUUGCUCUUUCCGUGUUUUGGUGGAGCUGUUGUGCUUUAACGUCGAGCCGUUGUAUUUGUGCUGUCUGUGCCUUUAGUGGAGCGUAUCAUGUCGUAGCACCGCCACCUAGUGGUCUGCAGAUGCUUUAAGAUGUUAAACUGUUGUCGGCACAUUUUUGCUUUUUAUGUUGUUGUUUUUUGUUUCACAACGCCAGUAUACAAGGAAAAAUCAUUGAGAAAAUGUUUAGAUCCAUUUUUGGACAAAAGGUCUUUACAAGACCACGGUCUUCAGGAGGUAUGGACUCUUCUUUGAAGAAGUCCAAACGAAGGAGUGAGAGACCUUCGUCUCCUGAAGACCUCAACCCUCCCACCAUCUUGAGGGAGCACGGACGAAGAGGUGAGAGACCUUCGUCUAGUGGAGACAUCAACCCUUCUACCAUCGUGAAGGAGCGCAGAGAAAGGGGUGAGGGCCCUUUGUCUUGUGCAGAACACAAGCCCUCUACCACCAGGCAGCAAGCAUGGAGGGGUGAGAGCCCUUCGUCGUCAUCUUCUGAAGAUGACCAACGUUGUACCACCAGGCUGCGAGUACGAAGGUCUGAGAGCCCUUCCUCUUCAUCCUCUGAAGACAAGCAGCCUACUACUCGGAGGUGUCAGCAAGCAUGGAGGGGUGAGAGCCCUUCAUCGUCAUCUUCUGAAGAUGACCAGCGUUGUGCCACCAGGCUGCUAGUACGAAGGGAUGUGAGCUCUUUGUUCAUCGUGGGCACCAAUCCUUCUGCCAUCAUGAAGGAGAGCAGGCAAAGGAGAGAGAGCUCUUUGUCUUCCUCUUCUGAAGAUGAUGAGCCUUCUACCACCAGGCAGCGAGUACGAAGGUUUGAGAGCCCUUCCUCUUCAUCCUCUGAAGACAAGCAGCCUACUACUCGGAGGCGGCAGCAAGCAUGGAGGGGUGAGAGCCCUUCGUCGUCAUCUUCUGAAGAUGACCAGCGUUGUGCCACCAGGCUGCUAGUACGAAGGGAUGUGAGCUCUUUGUUCAUUGUGGGCACCAAUCCUUCUAACAUCACGAAGGAGCGCAGGCAAAGGGGUGAGAGCCCUUUGUCUUGUGCAGAAAACCAGCCCUCUACCACCAGGCAGCAAGUACAAAGGUUUGAGAGCCCUUCGUCGUCAUCUUCUAAAGAUGACCAGCGUUCUACCACCAGGCAGCAAGAACAAAAGGAUGUGAGCUCUUUGUUCUUCGUAGGCACAAACAUGAAGGAGCGCAGGCGAAAGGAAAACACGCCCUCUACCACCAGUGCAAGAAAGGAGAGGGAGAUCACUGAAAGAGAAAAGCAGCGUUUGGAGGAGGAGGGUUUAAAAAGAGAAAGAGAGAGGUGUGAAAAGAUGAAGAGAAAGAACCAGUAGAAGGAGAGGAAAACGUUUGGUCUGCGUUCAAGAAUGUACAUUUGGUGGCUCAAUUGCAAGAUAGACAACAUUGCCAGGGACAUCCAAUCGACCUUUGUGGAUGAGCGCUACCUCCUGCGUCAUGAUCCCCUCAGAAAUCCAGAGAAAAUGGCAGAAAAAGAACGGCUGCUUGACCUAAGGAGGGAGCUGGUCAUGUACAAACGCAGACAAGAAUUUAAGGUGGAGAGGGAAGUAAGGAAGCAAAGACUGAAGGCAAUGGAGUGCAGGCGAAAGGUUGAGAGCCCUUUGUCUUGUGCAGAAAACACGCCCUCUACCACCAGGCAGCAAGAACAAAGGUCUGAGAGACCUUCUUCUUCAUCUUCAGAAGACAGUCAGCCUUCUACUCCAAGGCGGCAGCAAGCACGAAGGGGUGAGAGCCCUUCGUCUUCAUCUUCUGAAGAUGAUGAGCCUUCUACCACAAGGAGGCAGCAACAAGGAAGUCCUUUGUCCUUCGUAGACAUCAACCUUCCUACCACCUUUAGGCAGAAUGGAGGAAUUGGUGAGAACCAUUUGCCCUGCAUUGACAUUGACCAGCCUACCAUCUGGUGGGAGCACGUACGAAGGGGUGAGAGACCUUUGUCUCGUGGAGAUUUCAACCCUUCAAACACCUUGAGGCAGGACGGACGAAGUGGUGACAGCCCUUCCUCUACAUCUUCGUCUUCUGAAGACGACGAGCCUUCUACCACAAGGAGGCAGCAAGAAAGAAGGGAUAAUAGCCCUUUAUCUAUCAAUCUGAGUGCAAGAAAGGAGAGGGAGAUUAUUGAAAGAGAAAAGCAGCAUUUGGAGGAGGAGGGUUUAAAAAGAGAAAGAGAGAGGUGUGAAAAGAUGAAGAGAAAGAACCAGGAGAAGGAGAGGAAAAUGUUCAGUCCGCGUUCAAGAAUGUACAUUUGGUGGCUCAAUUGCAAGAUAGACAACAUUGCCAGGGAAAUCCAAUCGACCUUUGUGGAUGAGCGCUACCGCCUGCGUCAUGAUCCCCUCAGAAAUCCAGAGAAAAUGGCACAAAAAGAACGGCUGCUUGACCGAAGGAGUGAGCUGGUCAUGUACAAACGCAGACAAGAAUUUAAGGUGGAGAGGGAAGUAAGGAAGCAAAGACUGAAAGUAGAGAGGAAGGAAAUAAAUGCGAAGAAGAUGGAGAAUAUCUCUGAGUUAUGCAGAAACUCAGAAUACCCAGCUAUGUUAAAUUUUCUCUACGGACCAAUGCCAAUCAGGUCACAUAUAUAUAUCAAUUAAGAUAAAAGUAGAGCAAUCAGAAAAAUGGCACCAAAUAGAGAGAGGUAAUUGAGGGAGACGUCAUUUCAGAUUUGACAAAAACAGAAGUAAAGAAAAGUAAAACAUUCUUUUAAAACAUUAGCAACCACCAUCAAAUAUCCUUGUAACCACAUGAUAACACCCUAGAUGUUGGCUUUAAUUUAGUUAUACAGUCAAAGAGCAUUGUGCAAAUAACAGUGUCCUAACUUAAUGCCACCUGACCCAAUCUAAUUCAUCCUAACAUAGGCUAAUUUAACCAAGGUUAGCCCAACACCUAUCCUAAUUUAGCUUUGGUUAGGCUCUGGCAGAGACCUUAGGGUUAGGGUUAGACCCUAAAGACAGUAGAAAGGAAGGAACACUAGGGCGACAAAAGUGAAAAAUUCAAAUAGCCUAAGUGACAAACUUUGAAAAAA